CUGAAUUUCCAAGAUAUGGAAUGAAUAGAGUCCUAAUUCGUAAUGCCUCUUUGCCUUGUUUCUUUGCAGUGUUGUACACAGGAAUUCAGAGCCAAAGUGGAUAAAGUGUCAGAAGCAGAAUCUCAACUGUCAAGAUGACCAAUUCUAGCAGCAGCCCCGGCUACUGCCCUCUCAUCCAGGCCAUGGUGAACGCCAGCGUACCCUCCAACUCCUCGGCUGAGGUGGGGGCUCUGAGCCUGGCCACGGUGUGUCUCCACGGCCUGGUCUCCUCCUUCGGCAUCCUGGAGAACAUCCUCAUCUUGGGGGUCGUGGGUUUCCGUGUCCGCCGUACCGUCAUCAGCGUGUGGAUCCUCAACCUGGCUGCCUCGGACCUCCUGGCCACGGCGUCACUCCCCUUCUUCACCAUCUUCCUGGCCCGCGGAGCCACCUGGACCCUGGGCACCACCUUCUGCAAACUCCACUCCUCCGUCUUCUUCCUCAACAUGUUCGUCAGCGCCUUCCUGCUUGCGGCCAUCUCUCUGGACCGCUGUCUGGUGGUUCACAAGCCCGUCUGGGUCCACAACCGGAGGAACGUGCGGCUGGUCGGCAGGGUAUGUGGAAUCAUCUGGGCCCUGGCUGUGCUCUGUACGGUACCGUACUACCUAUUCCGGGAUACUAUUCAUCGGCAUGACGGGCGGAUCAUGUGUUACUAUAACUACGCCCAGUAUCUCCCUGUUAGGGAGUUUGACCUAAAAGAGCUGUGUGAGGCACGCCAGGAUGCCCUGGCCUUCUCUAAGCUCCUCCUGGCCUUCAUUCUUCCCCUGGUGGUCAUUGUGUGGAGCUAUGUCUCAGUGACCAUUAGUAUCGCGCGGCGUGGCCGCAACCGGCACCCUUUCCGCUUCGUUAGACUAGUGGUAGCGGUGUUGAUGAGCUUUGUGGUCUGUUGGGCUCCAUACCAUGUCUUCAGUGUCCUGGAGGCUGUAGCUCAGUAUCGACCCUCCCUCCGGGGCCUCGUGGCCAGCGGCCUGCCCCCCACCGCCAGCCUAGCCUUCCUCAACAGUGUGCUAAACCCCAUCCUCUAUGUGUUCAGCUGCCCGGACCUGUGCCAUAAGAUCAGACAGUCCCUUGCGGCAGUAAUGGAGAGCGUGCUGGCGGAGGACCUAGGGGAGUGGUCACGGCGACAAAGCACGCAGAGAUCUUCCAUCAGUACCUCAGAGCUACUGCUGAGGGGGAGGAGGUCCCUCAACAAUGCCCCCAGCCUGAGAGGAAGAGACUCCAGGGCGGAGGAGGAGGCGGCACAGAAGACGAAGGAACCACACCCUGCUAACUGAGGUGGUGUUUGUGUCAAUGACGGUUCCGGUGCCAAAGCCAGGUUCGCGUCUAGUUUCUGCAACAGUGGGAUACAUAAUGAUCCAUUUAUAAAUCAUUGCAUUUUGAAUCCGUGUUAUGUACAGCAUACACCCAGAAGGAUUAAGGGAUAUAUCUUGUGUGUUUUGCAAUGGUUUCAGUAGUGUUAAACCAAAGGCUCAGCAAUGUGCUAGUAUGCUUUUAUAUUUGCUUGUUGCUUUUUUACGGUACCCAUUCCAAGUAAGCUCUGAUGCACCCCUGUUCAAUUGCAGACUUGCCUGCUAAUGUAAAUGGUGACCCACUGGUCUCGCUCUUAGUUAUUGAUGGGAAAAGUCCACUGGGGCAGACAUGCUUGACCCAUGUCUUCUACGACUUGCUGUACAUAUCAUUGUGGAAUCCUUGACACAUAUUUUUAAUCUAUCCAUUCUCUUGGGUAUUAUUCCUAAGGUGUGGAAGGUGGCCCUUGAUCUCCUGCUCCACAAAGGUGGUGAUCCCUGCUAUCUUCGUAAUUAUCACCCAAUCUCAAAACUUUCAUGUCUAGCGAAGAUAUUAGAAGUCUCUGUAAAUUCUCAGCUGCUGUCCUUUUUUAGAUGGAAAAUCUAUUCCGAAUGCUCACCAGUCAGGCUUUAGGCCAGGACAGAGCACCAUCUCGGCUGCUUUAUAUGGUUAACGCACUAGACAGGAAACUGCACUGCACUGCCCUUUAUAUUGAUCUGUUGAAAGCAUUCGAUAGGGUUGAUCAUGCACUCCUGCUACGGAGGCUAUCCGAAAUUGGUAUAGACCAACUGGCCUGUAGCUGGUUCAAAAAUGAUCUGCACGACAGAA